AUGCCUCGCCCGGAGAUCUACUUCGAGGGAGAGUCGGAGGAGUCCGACUUCUCCGAGACUGACAUGUCCAUCCGCGGCCGCAACGGCCGCACUGCCUUCCACCGCCGCUCCGUCUCCCGCCACCGCCAUCCGGAGGUUGCAAGAGAGACCUACUUGGCUCCAGUGCAGCAAUCCACACGAGUGUACCGAUCAGCCUCGACAGGCGGCCGCCGACCGCGCGAGCACAGCAGCACCCCGGCGGUGAUGAUCGUGAACGAGCAGGCGACCCGUACAAGCAACGCCAACACCAACAAGCCUCGACGGGUACAGCAGAGGGUGUACGAUGAAUCUGAUGAGGAAGUCCCGCGCUCGGCACGGCGGCGUGCGGCCAGCGGCGUCUCCCGUGAAGCAUCACCCCUCCAACAGCAACGCGAUUAUGAACUCCUUAUGAGCCAGCGUAUGCUGGAGAAGAGUGAUAUGCAUCAGGAUAUGGAAAUCUGGAAGCAUCAGCAGGAGAUCGAGCGGCUGGAGCGAGAGCUUGAGAAGACUCGUGAGAAGACCAAGCCGCCUCGCGAAAUUGUUGCUGCACCUGCGCCUCCGCCCCCGCCCCCGGCCCGUGAGUCUCGCCUGCUGCGUGACGAGGAGGAGUGGUAUGAGGAUGAGAUUAGUGAACGCCUGCACCGCUUGCAGCGGUUCGAGCGCAAGAACCGGGCUGAGGAGGAGCGCCGACAGGCGGAGCACCGUUGGCGGCUUCAGAAGUUUGAGGAGGCGGAGAAGGAUGCUGCUAAUCGGGAGGACUUGAAGGCCAAGCUGCGGGCAGAGAAGUUGAAGGAGAUUGAGCGGCAGCAGGAGGAGAAUAAGGAGCGUGAGAGACUUAGGCUUGAGCUUGAGGAGCAGAAGUUGAAGGAGCUUCAGAAGGCGAAGGAGGAAGAGGAGGAGCGAGAGAAGCUUAAGAAGGAGAUUCUUGCGGAGGAGGCUCGCAAGGCUGCCGAGGCUGCCGAGGAGAGAAAAAAGCAGUUGGCUUUGAAGGCUGCUGCUGUCGCGGAGUGGAAGCUCGAGCAAGAGCGUAUGGCUCAGCAGAAGAAGGAGGAAGCUGAGAGGAAGGAUAAGGAGUUCCGCGAGAGACUGCGUAUUGAGUUCGGAUACUCCGAGGAAGAGAUCGAGGAGAUCUUGAAGAAGAAAAAGGAAGCGAAGAAGGAGGAAAAGAAGGAAGACAAGAUCGAGUUCGAGGAGACCAAGAAGACCACAUGGAUCAAGGUCCACCGCAAGCACCUUCUCCCCGAGACUUUGAUGGCCUACAGCCUGCCCUGGGACUGGGAUGAGCGCGAUACCAACUACAUCAUCAUCAAGCGCUGGGUCACCGAAGACUUCCAAGAAGAACUCUUUGCGCACUCACGCCGCCUACGCGAAGGCAAAGUCAUCGCGCAAACCUCCAGCUCAACCACCGAACUCAGGGUCAACGACCGUAACAAGGACAAGAUGUACCUGGUGCGCAAGAAGAGCCCAAGCCGCCGGUUGCGCAUGUUCGCAUGA